AUUGCCGCCUUUUUCUUCUCCCUCUUAUUCUCUCUCUCUCUCUCUCUCUCUCUCUCUGUUUCUCUCUUUCUUGUGUUAUUCAGCGUCAGCUAUUAGUUUACAAAGAGCGCGAAAACGAAGAACACCACCGUCAUCGCCCAUCGUCGAAGAUUCGCGCGAGUAAAGUUCGAAGAUAAGUUUUUCUUAGAAGAAACAUUUGGUAAUAGUAAAAGCAGACAAGGAAUAAGAAGAUAAGAAAAAUAUAAGAAGAAGAAAGUGAAGAGGAAGAAGAAGGGGAAUUCGUCGAAUAUAAAACGGUCGAAGUCGUACCAGCCAUGAUAAUAUGACACUCGAGUGAAACGAGCUUUCUGUAAGCGACGGAUAGCAGAAGCAGCAGCAGCAGCAGCAACAGCAGCAACAACAACAACAGCAUCAGCACCAAUAGCAGUAGCAGCAGACUGCAUCAUGAGGAUAUUACUUCAGCUUCUGGCCGUCCUGCUGUUAGGCGUCAAUGCCAGACGAAGGGACAGUGAAGGGCCUGCGGACGACAUCUUUGCUGGACAACGUCGUGUCACUCAGCACAAAAUUAAUUAUAACACCAAUAAUAACAACAACAAUAAUAAUAAUAAUAAUAAUAACAAUAAUAAUAAUAAUAAUAAUAAUGGUCAAGCAUCGAAUUCUCCAUAUUUACCAUAUCAACAACCCAGAGAAAGGAAACCCAAUAUCGUAUUGAUCCUAACCGAUGAUCAAGAUGUCGAACUUGGUUCGCUGAACUUCAUGCCACGGACCUUAAGGCGAAUAAGGGACGAGGGAGCCGAGCUGAGACACGCAUACGUGACCACUCCCAUGUGUUGUCCAAGUAGGAGUUCCUUACUGACCGGCCGUUACGUUCACAAUCAUGAGGUCUUCACAAACAACGACAACUGCAGUAGCCCCCAGUGGCAACGAGAUCACGAACCGCACUCAUUCGCCGCUUACCUGAGCAACGCUGGAUAUCGUACCGGAUACUUCGGUAAAUAUUUGAACAAGUACAACGGCUCGUACAUACCGCCGGGUUGGCGAGAAUGGGGUGGUCUGAUAAUGAACUCGAGAUACUACAACUACAGCGUCAACAUGAACGGGAAGAAGAUAAAGCACGGCUUCGAGUAUAGCAAGGACUAUUAUCCGGAUCUAAUAGCUAACGAUAGCGUUGCGUUUCUACGGCAAAGCAAGCACAAUUUUGCCCGUAAACCGGUAAUGUUGGUUGCAAGCUUUCCGGCGCCACACGGACCAGAAGAUUCCGCACCACAAUUUUCUCAUCUCUUCUUCAACGUCACCACUCAUCAUACGCCGGCUUACGAUUACGCGCCGAAUCCAGACAAACAGUGGAUUCUUCAAGUCACUCAAAAGAUGCAGCCUAUACACAAACAGUUUACAGAUCUCUUGAUGACUAAGAGACUUCAGACUUUGCAAAGUGUCGACGCAGCGGUCGAUAGAAUUUAUCAAGAAUUAAAAGACUUGGGUGAAUUGGAUAAUACCUACAUCAUUUAUACGUCCGAUCACGGUUAUCAUUUGGGACAAUUUGGUCUUAUCAAAGGCAAAAGUUUUCCAUUUGAAUUCGAUGUGAGAGUACCUUUCCUCAUCAGAGGACCUGGUAUAGAACCUGGAUCCGUAGUAGACGACAUAGUUUUAAACAUUGAUCUGGCGCCAACUUUCCUGGACAUCGCUGGUGUUGAAACACCACCCCAAAUGGAUGGACGAUCUUUCAAAAUGCUAUUUCUUAAUAAUAAACGUAAUAGAAGACCAAAAAUAAAAUGGCCCGAUACAUUUUUAAUCGAAUCAUCGGGUCGUCGUGAGACCCCAGAAUCAAUCGCUGAAUCAAAAGCACGAGAAGCGAGGAAACAAAACGCGACGAUGACUAAACAUCAAACUCAUAAUUCACCUAAUGAAGAGGUUGAUGACAUCGCUGAAACUGAGGAUUCUGAAACCGGUCGAUUUCUAGAAAAUGAUACGGGAAGUGAUCAAGAUAUUUCUGAGGAUGAUUUUGACGAAUCGAUUAUCGAUGAAACAACUCCGGAUUUACAUUUGGACAACAGAGUUCAUCCAGUUCAAUCGCCAUUUGCUUCGAAACACGAACGUUUAGCAAUCGAAUGUUCAAGACCGGAAGCUCAAGCCGAUUGCGUGCAUGGUCAAAAGUGGCGUUGCGAGAGAGAUGGUCAUCGUUGGAGAAGACAUAAAUGUAGAUAUACAUUACCACCACCUAUACUAAGAACAUCGAAAAAGUGUGCAUGUUUCACACCUCAAGGAUUGAUUUAUACGAGAUUGGAAACUAACGAUUACGAUAUGUCGAGAUACGGGUUUGGAAGGGAUCGAAGACCUUUCGAUCCUUAUGGUGAAACGAGUGGAUAUUUUAUGAAAAGAGGUAAAAGAGAAAUAUCUGAGGAUGAUGAACUGGAGGAGGAAGAUGAUCUGGAUGAUAUGAGAGAUCGACGUGCGAUAGAUGAAGAAGAUGACGAUGAAUUCUUACAAGAUUUACAUACGCUUAGACAAUAUUCCCACGAGGGAGACACUUUAUUCAGAAAUGUCUAUUUUAAUCGUACUUCGGUAAUGCGGAUCAAUGAUGAUGAUAAUGAUGAUAAUAAUAAUAAUAAUGAGCAAAGAAGCAAUGAAGAAGAAAACGUAUCGGAUGAUCGUUUGAUUUCAAGUUACUCGAUUAACGAUUUUGAUCCUAGUUUAGAUAAGAUCGUAAAAGGUCGAUUAAAUGUCGAAGAUGUGAUCAAAAGACAUAGAAGAGUUAGAAGAAGUGCAACGAAGAAAGAUACGAUUGAACAUGUUACACAAAUAAUGGAAAGUAUAGAAGAGGAAUUGGAUGAUUUAAAACAAACACACGCCCGUCAUUCAACCUCACCGCGAGUUACCUUACCAUCUAAGUGUUCAGUGCUACCCGAAGGUGGAGUUAAUUGUAGCGAAGCUAUUUAUUUGGAUCCCAACGAAUGGAGAUUGUCCAGACGAAAGAUCGAACAACAAAUAAAAGAGAUGAGAAUGCAAUUAGAAACUUUAAAGGAAAUACGUCGACAUUUAAUGAUCAAACGUCCCGUAUUUAUUCCGGAUAACGAGGAGGAGCCUUCCGAGUCGGAGGAUCCACAUGUUUCUCAUAAACCACAUUAUCAUACUUCUAAGAAUCACACCAGUAGGCAUCACAAAAAACACGAGAAAGGGCCUCAUGCGAAUUCGAUUAACGUUACCACUACUACGACGACCCAUCGAUCCACUUCUUCAAAGUCGUCUCAGUUUACCACCGUUGAAAAAGACUCGACCAUUCAGGAAGAUAAUUAUAAUAAAUAUAACGUUACUCGUCCCGAACUUUCGACUCAUGAAAGAGAAUCUACUUUAGAAUUAUCCAGCACAACGACCACUAUGUUACCGAAAGUCAAAAAAAAUCCACGUAGACAAAAAAUCAAAGAAUCAUCCAACAAUACUACAGAUACUGAAGAUCAUAAACAACAAAGACGUAGAAAAAUUCCUUACAAUCGUAAGAACAAUAAUACUCUGUUAACAAAUAGCGUUCACGACGAUGUUCCACCGAAUCAUAACGCGAAUGAAAAUACUGGAGGAACUGUUGCUCCCAUUCAAGAUGAAGUAACUUUCAAUCAAAAAUCACAAUAUCAAACAGAUAAAUCAACGAACGUUCCAAUCGUUUUUACCAGUGUUCACGAUAACACUCAAGAAGAUAAUUAUAGAAAUAACAAUGUAAAUAAUAAAUUAACGACGACCGAAGUAACAUCGCAACAUGUUUCAUCGUUCGUAACUGAGACACCAGGUUCAAUCGGUACCGUCGAAUUUGGUACACCAAUUUACAAACCAACUGUAUCUACUACGGUAAAUCAUCCGAUUCCAAGUAAAAGCGAAUCUAAUACGGCUAGUUCAACGAUACAAUUAACUGUACCAACGACAAUCCCUCCUGUUAAAAAAAUACCCAAAGUACAAAGGAACAAAACAGGUGGUAUUCUGGGACCAGCUAGAAUAGACGUUACCAUAUUGGAGACUCCAGAUAGAAAACAUAAGCAAGGUAUAACAGCGACAAAUAACAAUGGUCGUUUACCACCAUUAUUAAACAGUCCUUUAGAAGCACGUCACAAAUGCUACUGCGAACCUGACUCGUAUUCCAAAAAGGAUGAGAAGGAGAUAGCUAGAGAGGAAAGGAGACGUUUAAAAGAAGAACGACUUAAAAAGAAAGAACGAAAACUUAAGAAAAAGGCUAAACUUGAAAAGGAUUGUUUGACUGAAAAAAUGAAUUGCUUCGAGCAUGACAAUGAUCAUUGGCGUACUGCUCCAUUAUGGAAUGCAGGACCAUUUUGUUUUUGCAUGAACGCUAAUAAUAAUACCUACUCGUGUAUUCGUACUAUUAACGUUACGCAUAAUUUUCUUUAUUGCGAAUUCACUACUGGUUUAGUCACUUUUUACAAUUUAAGAAUCGAUCCGUUUGAACAAUGGAAUAGAAUAUCGAUGUUAUCAUCAUCAGAUAGAUCCUAUCUUCAUGAUCAGUUAGAACAUUUGAAGGGUUGUAAAGGGACGCGAGAUUGUACAGUAGGAAGUGCAAGAGAAACGAUGCCUCAAGUUCAACAUCAAAAAUAUAUAUCUAAAAGAAAGUAUAGUAAUACGUUUGAGGAUUUAUUUGUGCCAUCAGCCUUACAAAUUAUUCGAGAAAGUGAACUCGGUAGUCCGCCUAAUAAAAGACGGAAAAAAUUACCAAGCGUUUGGAACAGACGAAGUCGAAGUUGGCAAAGCAGCUUGAGACAUCAUGAAGAUGCGACGAUUACGCGACGUCACAGACAUCAGUAUUGGUAAAUUUAUUUUAGAAUUGUGUUUUUUUUUCUUUUUUUUUUUUUUUUUUUUUUUAAUUAUUUCGUUAUCUUUUUUCAAAUUUAUUUUUCUUGACAACAGUGGAUCAAAUUGCCACAAAAUUUUCAAAUACAUUUGAUAAUAUUAUAAAUUAUUUCGUAAUAUUAGCGACAAGGAUUAUGGAUAGGUCAAUUAAAAUUAUUUAAAAUCUAUUUAAUAUACAAAAAACACACAAAAGAUGAAAACUUAUUAAGAUUUAAUUUAUAGAAAUGAAUUUUUUAAAUGACGAUGAUAUAAAACUUGGGAUGGAUACUGUAUCGAAGUCAAUCUCUAAUAACUUAACUUUAUUGUAUUUAACAAAUUCAUAAAGAAAAAUAAAACACAAGCAACUUUCGACUAUAAACAAUUAAAUAUAACUAUUUAAAGUUAGUUAAGUCAUUCAUACAAGUGUUUUAUCUAAAAUUUAAUUCUAUUGGAAGUAAAAAAAAAAAAAAAAGACGUUCUUAUAAUGCACUGCCAGGUUUUCUC